UUGACCGGUGUGAUGUUUUGCUUUUCGAUAUGAUUUUUGGUCAGUCACAUAAACAUGACACAUUUUGUGCAGGUUUCUAAAGCAUUGACUUCAUGUCAUUUGCGUAGGCCUCUUGUUGGCCUGUGCAACUUUCACAGUUCUUUGCAUCUGUUUAAAGGCAGGAAAAGUCUCAUAAAGCUCGACAAAUUGCUGGCCAAGAAAAAGAAAAAAUUCUACUAUGAUCCGAUGAAUGUCGCUCAGCUCGGUCGAUUGGCAACAGGCGUAUCGGGUGGCAAGGUCAAGAUGAGAAGCGAAGACAGCAUCCGGCUGAGGACAUACAACAAGAUUCUGUUUGACAACAUCAAUGACAUGAUGACAACGAGCUUGAUCAGCGAAGAGUUGGAGGAACUCCAGGUCACGGUGUCAGGGGUACGAGUAGCGGGCGAUAUGAGUGCGUGUCGAGUGUACUGGCAAUCAACAGGUGUGGUGCAGGACGACGAAAGAAUCGAAAAGGUCCUGAACAGACACAAAGGCCCCCUGAGACGUGCCUUGAUCUCCCAUCGAGUGCUGGGAAAGAUACCUCCCAUCUUUUUCUUGAAGGACAAGGCCAGUGCCAACCUCUCCGAGAUAGACCGGCUGCUUGCUAUUGCUGAUUUUGGACCCGACGAAGAGGAAGAAAUUGAACUGAUGGAGGUGGAACUGAACACGGCAGUGGAGAAUUCCAAUAGUGGUGGGAGGAUGGAGUUCAUCCAGAAAUCUGGCAAGAACGAGAUGGAUGCCAGCGGUGAAGCCCAGCCGAGCCUGUUUGGCAUUGACCACGAUGCUUUGAACAGGCUGAUCAAGAGGGGGGACGUCAGCAAUCCGUUUACAGGGAUCCACGGGGAGUUGGCUGAAGACAGAGCUUCGGACAAGCGAUUCCAACAGCUGCGAGCAUUCAUGAAAAAGAAAAAGAUGGGCGAGACAGGCAAGAAGGAAGCAGCAUUCUACAGGGGAGAGCUGGAGUCGUAUGGAUCCGGCCGGAGAGGGGACGUCGAGAUUGAAGAUGAGACAGCAAUUGACUCAGAGGAGAGUUUUAGUGACGAGGAUUAUGACAAUGGUGAAGAUGGUGACGAGUUCACAUCAGAAUUACCAAGGGACAAAUAAAGACAACCAUCUUGCAUAACUUGUGGAUAAUGAAGUUUAUUUUACAAACAAAAACGAAUUUCCAAACGGCCAAGAAAAACUAAGCAGUUUUUUUCAUUCAAAAAAAUUGUACAAAGAAGGCAUAAUUUACAAAUUUGACACAAAUUUUGACACAUUAGUUGGCUCCAUCCACGGAUAAACCUGAGGCAAUGGAUUUUCAUUCAUUAAGAGCACUUAAAAGCGACAAAGUAUGUUUGGAAUAAACAAAUGAGCAAAAUUGUGUUUAAAAAUUGACAUGUAAGUUACAUGUAAUACAUUCAAGUGUCUUGAAAGGUAAGAGCUGGACCAAAGGCAUUGGCAAUGAGAAUAGUCCCUACAGUAUAGUGUCCAACAUUUCAUGGUCACUGUUACACGACAACUUACACUUGAAGACACAGCAGUAUAAGACACGGAGAAUAGUCUGUGGCCUGUACUCGUUCCCAUUUUGGCUUUCGCUUUUUCUAUUAGAAAGCGAGUGUGCUGAAAAGGCCCACAUCAGUGUAAUCCACACCCUGAUGACUAUUUAGUUGUGACAGUGUCCCAUUAUGGAUACAACAGUUCAUUUGAAUUGGU